UUUCUCUCCGGAAAGCCCCGGGGAAGCUCUGGAAGUGCCCCUCAGAUCCCCCAGAGAGAGGCUUGGGUCGGGGUCUACGAAGGAAGCCGCUUGUUGCAGGAGAGGCCAGGACACUACUUGGAGAAGUAAUGCCCACAGAAAGCGGAAGUUGUUCAACUGCUCGCCAAGCAAAGCAGAAACGCAAAUCUCACAGUCUUUCUAUACGGAGAACCAACAGCUCAGAACAAGAAAGAACUGGACUCCCAAGAGACAUGUUAGAAGGACAAGAUUCUAAACUGCCCUCCUCAGUUCGCAGUACACUUCUGGAAUUGUUUGGUCAAAUAGAGAGAGAAUUUGAAAAUCUUUAUAUUGAAAAUUUGGAAUUGCGUAGAGAAAUUGAUACUCUUAAUGAACGCUUAGCUGCUGAAGGACAAGCAAUUGAUGGAGCAGAACUGAGUAAGGGCCAGCUCAAAACAAAAGCCAGUCACAGCACCAGUCAGCUUUCUCAGAAACUGAAGACUACUUACAAGGCUUCUACUAGCAAGAUUGUGUCCAGCUUUAAGACCACCACAUCCAGGGCCGUCUGCCAGCUUGUGAAGGAGUACAUUGGCCACAGGGAUGGCAUCUGGGAUGUCAGUGUUGCCAGGACACAGCCAGUGGUGCUGGGGACUGCAUCAGCUGAUCACACGGCUUUGCUGUGGAGCAUAGAGACUGGGAAAUCCCUUGUUAAAUAUACAGGCCACGUUGGUUCAGUAAAUUCUAUAAAAUUUCAUCCCUCAGAGCAGUUGGCUCUCACUGCCUCUGGAGAUCAGACUGCUCAUAUUUGGAGAUACGUGGUACAGCUGCCGACACCUCAGCCUGUUACGGACACUAGUCAACAAAUAUCUGGCGAAGAUGAAGUAGAGUGUUCUGAUAAAGAUGAGGCUGAUAUUGACGGAGACGUGUCCAGUGACUGCCCAACUAUCCGGGUUCCGCUGACAUCUCUCAAAAGCCACCAAGGUGUGGUCAUUGCUGCAGAUUGGCUGGUUGGAGGGAAGCAGACAGUAACAGCCUCAUGGGACAGAACAGCGAACCUGUAUGAUGUUGAGACAUCUGAACUUGUUCAUUCUCUGACAGGGCAUGACCAGGAGUUAACGCACUGUUGCACACACCCUACUCAGCGGCUUGUGGUGACCUCUUCCCGUGACACGACUUUUCGUCUCUGGGAUUUCAGGGACCCUUCCAUCCACUCCGUGAAUGUUUUCCAAGGACACACGGACACUGUGACCUCUGCCGUGUUCACUGUGGGAGACAAUGUUGUGUCAGGCAGCGAUGACCGCACAGUGAAAGUGUGGGAUUUAAAAAAUAUGCGGUCCCCCAUUGCAACCAUCCGCACAGACUCUGCCAUCAACAGGAUUAACGUAUGUGUUGGCCAAAAAAUCAUAGCCCUCCCCCACGACAACCGACAAGUGCGAUUGUUUGACAUGUCAGGGGUGCGGCUGGCACGGCUUCCCCGGAGCAGUCGACAGGGCCACCGGAGAAUGGUGUGCUGCUCGGCGUGGAGCGAAGACCAUCCGGUCUGCAAUCUGUUCACGUGUGGCUUCGAUAGGCAAGCCAUUGGUUGGAACAUCAACAUUCCUGCACUGUUACAAGAAAAAUGAGCUCACCAGUGCUUCUUAGUUGGGUGUAUGCCAUGGACAUUUGAUUCGUACAGGCUUUUCUGCAUAUCAAUCAGCCAUUUUUUGUGAAAGUUUGGCCCUGGGAAGGGUGCUUUGUAUGUGUUCUUUUCACAUUGUGCCCAGCUUGCAUGAAAUGUACAGAAUGUUCAUAUUUUUUUAUUUCUGUCUUAUGUGUAUUGGCCCUCCCUGGUCGGUAGAAGUGAAGCUCUCCUCCACACAGUACCUGAAAAGCUUGAGCUGUGGACAUUGACUGACAGGCAGUAGGACAUUACCUUGUGUGCGUUAAAUGUGACCUUUUUUUCUUACUGAACGGCCCCUGUGGUCUGCUGUGUUUUCUGGAGUGAUUGUACUUAUCUACCUUGUGCUGGGAAGAUGUAGGGCUGCAUUUGCCUUGGCUAGUGAGUGGCAGGAAUGAUCAGAGAUUUCAUGUUGACAUCCAUACGUCUUAGCAAGUACUGUUGUGUAGUUGUUUCAAUGAAUUUCUGCUACAGUUCCGUAAAAAUAACCUGGAUUUGCAAAUUUGAAAAGAAAGUUUCUGCUUUUUAUGGAAAAAUCAUUUCAAUCUCCUGAGGUCUCAUAUAGGCAAACUCUAAAAGAUGAUGAUUCUAAUCACUGAUUUUAGGUAUUAAGCAAAAUUUAAAGCACUUUAGUUUAUAGCUAUGGUUAUAAACAUUUUUUAGAAGUUUCAAAUGACUUAUCCAUUGAAUGUGACUUGACCUUUAUAAGAAGGCCCUGCUACCUGAAAACAAAAUCUUAAUUUAUUUUCUACUUAUUUGGUUUGCGUAUUUCUAAGUGGGUUCAUUUCCUUGGUGGUAUUGAGAGCCAACAAUGCAAAUAAAUGAGUACUACCUCAAAAAUAUUUGGAAACUUUUGGAGUCUCUCACUGUUGCCUAGUUAAAGCACUUUUGAUUUAUAGCUGGAAUAUUGAAUUCAUGAUAGAAGGCAAGAAAGACAACCAGACCAAAUGUAUGCUGAUGGUGAAAGGUUCUUCAAUGAGGUUGGUGGUAACAAUAACAAAGUUUGUAGGUACCAGCUGGUUGAGUAGCCAGUAUACCUCUCAGUGCCAAUCCUGCUGUGUAAGUCUUUAUUCUUGCCUUCUUAGAAACGACCAUACCUCUGGUAUCUGUAAGUUAAUGUUUCCUAUUGAGUUACAGUUCUGAUAAAGAGACAUCUCAGUUAUCGCCUCUCAUCAUUUUAAUCCUUCACAUGUAACCAUGUGUAGGCUGGCCACUUGGAGAGGUACAGGCAGGUAAUUCUGAAAACCAUCAUUUAAACUAUCAUGGUGGCUCUACCCUACCCUGGUUUCCUGUUUUCCUGUUUUUGGUGAUAUGAGAGUGUAAAUAACUCUUAAGUCUGUUUGGUUAAGUGCUACUAUAGUGGACAUUCAGGAGUCCUUAGUGGACUUACCAAGAGUGAUAAGCCUUGGGUCCUAAGGGACUAAUUUUAAGAACCUCACCCCUGACUCAUUCAGAAUGACUCUGAAAUUGACACAACCAGGGUGGAUCAACCCAAGAAUAACCAAUAAUGGCUUAAAGUAGAAUUGAGAUAGUUAACUAAGAGAUCUACAACAAAUGUUUUAAAGCAAUGCUAUUUUUAAAUUUUUGUUGUAUUUUUAAAGCCUGGCACUUUCUGAUCACAGGUCUGACCCCAAUUGUUUUUUGAGAGCUGAAGUCAGGCUGUUACAAUGAUUGAUUGGAAUGUCAGGCUUCAGCUCCUGCUGUCCAGGGUGUAUUUUGCUUGGUGGAGUAUCACGAUGUUUGCUGUGGCCUAAUUUCACCUUACAGCAAGAGAUGAUUGGUGGAUCCACCUCCCACUGUAUGUGCCAAGUCACGAACAUAGAUGACUGCCAGUGAUGAGCUGCACAGCCAUGUUCUUAGGUUCCUUGCAUUUUAUCUUAGAAUAAUAGGAGAGUUGAGGGAUGUAUCCAAAAUAGCUAAAUUGAACUUAACCAGAUCUCUGCCAGACAGAAAUACAAUGGAAGCUUGUGUGUGUGUGUGUGUGUGUGUGUGUGUGUGUGUAUGGAUGGUGACCAUUUAGUUCUAUGCAGACUGGUGACUCUCACUGCCAAUAGCUGCUCAGCUUCUCUGUUUAACUGGGGGAGACCAGCCUCUGACCCCAGAAAUAAGGCUCCUGCUCAUUUCCGUGAGAACACAUGAUCCUAAUGGUGCUCAAGCAAGAGCUCUCAGGAGCAGGACAUGAUGUGCUGUUCACUGCUCUCCUCUUCUCGAAGGCUCUCAUCCCACUGUUGCUGUGUGGCCACGGGUGGGGUUGCUUCCAAGAGGUUUACACCUGAGGAAAGUGUAUGCAUGCACACGGGUGCAUGCAUGUGUGUGUCACGUGGCUAGGAUGAAGUUAUGUUAUCAGCCACAUGUGACUCAUUUGAAAUAGUGUUAAGAAAUGGAAACACUAUAAUGUGCAGAAGUGUCCAGAAUUUCAUUUAAUGUUGGAAGGAAAAUGUGUGGUUACAAAAAAAUAAAAAUGUGUUGGUAGCAAAUUUCCUGAGCUUGGUUGUUGGACAGCGCAACAUUUUUCUCAACCACCGCACAUGGGUUUCUGUAGUCAAAAGUUUUGUACAUAUUUUGGAAUCUGAAGACUAUGUAAAUCAUCUGUUACUUAAAAGUCUGUGAAAACAAAUUUCUUUGGAGGAAGAAGUAUGCAUUUAUAAGUAUUCUGUGGAUACAAUUAUUUUUUAUUGUAUUGGUGUAAUUGUUUUUCAGUGUUCAGUGUUUGUUGCAAUAUGAAAUUCAGUAAAACAUCCAUGUUCCAUAA